GAAGGCGAUUUAAAAUUGUUGCGAAACUUUUAGAAAAAUUGCAAAAUACAUUUAUUUUUUGCAAAUAAGUAUUGUCAGUUUACUAAUUAAAGUUUUUAAUUUCAAAAUUUGUGCUCCUUGCUAAUGGUGGGCACAAAAUUUUGACAAAAAAUUACAAAUGAAUGUGAUCUGCUGUGGACCUCUCUUCAUAACCAGGUGAGGUUUUGACAUGGACGAUGCAGAACCACAUACAUGGACAACUGACCAAGUUAGUGAAUGGCUGACUGAACAUGGUUUCUCAAUGUAUUGCAAUCUCUUCUGCUCUAUACACCACAUCGAUGGUCACACAUUGUUACAGUUGACUGAAGACGAUUUGAAACAACCGCCUGUGUCUAUGCAAAAAUUAGGUGAUAUUAAAAGGAUAAUUAAUGAGUUGAAUAAACUAAGGACUGAAGCAUUUUUAAGGAAUCCUUCCUUGGUCCCACUUUUUCCUGAAAGUUUAAAUCAAAAACUGCCAACCAGCAUAUCGACCAACGGCCUCACACGAUACUUUUCUGCCACUAACCAGUUUCAGCCGUUUCAGCCAGUUCGAACAAAACCACUGGUUCUACCUCAAUCCUUGACCCCUCCCCAGUGCAGUACCCCAUCUCAAUCCAUCUCCCACCAACUGGACCUACCUUCCUUCGUGGACCAACAACCAUCCAUCUAUGGUGAUGCAGCCGAAGACAUCGAUAGUGACUCACCCACGAUUUCGACAUUUCUUGAGCCGGAAUUCUUUAAACUAAUAAUUUCUUCUGUGUAUCUAACUGUUUCACUCAUGUUGACGACGUUUGUUAUGGUGAUUGUGCAUGACAGGGUGCCUGAUAUGGCCAAAUACCCACCACUGCCUGAUAUCGUCCUCGACAACGUUCCCCACAUUCCUUGGGCCUUUGAGGCCUGUGAGGCCCUCAUGGUCACACUGGGUGGUUUGCUGCUGGUUGUUUUAGUCUUUCACAAGCAUAGAUUCAUAAUAAUGAGAAGACUCUUUGCAUUAACUGGUACAGUAUUUUUGUUGAGGUGUGUUACAAUGCUGAUAACUUCACUUUCGGUUCCCGGCUCACAUCUACAGUGUCAUCCAAGGGGCUUGAAAUCAUUUAAAGCCCGUGUAGAAACUGCACUCAGCAUAUACACAGGAUUAGGAAUGUCUAUAAAAGGCGUGCAGACGUGCGGCGAUUACAUGUUCAGUGGCCACACAGUCGUAACUACUAUGUUCAACUUUUUCCUCAAUGAAUAUACCCCAAGAAGCAUACCGAUGUUACACACCCUUGGCUGGGUCUUCAACUUCUUUGCCAUCUUCUUCAUCCUCGCAGGCCACGAACACUACAGUAUCGACGUCUUCAUAGCUUUCUACAUCACAUCUAGGCUCUUCCUCUACUACCAUUCCCUAGCCAACAACAGAGUUCUCAUACAGAGAGAUGCCAGAACGAGAAUUUGGUUUCCACUUUUUACCUUUUUUGAAUUUUCGAUGGACGGGGUAGUACCAAACGAGUACGAACUACCCUGGAUGACUUUUUUCCGAUUUGUAGUUAGGCAAGUUAGGAGAUGGUUCGGCCUGCAAGUCAACGAAGAAAGCUCGCCUGCAAAAACAUCACCCAUUAAGAGGUCCCUAUCUAUAUCAUCAUUCGGUAUUGUCAGUGACAGGAGGAAGACAAAAGAGAAACAAAUGUGAAGUCGGCAUUCACCCCUACCCACUUUUUAAGUCUAAUAGUUUUUUUAGGCAAUCUGAUUUG